UCAUGGUACUUCCGGUUAUCACCAAACAUCCGGUUUGUAUCGGGAUCAGCUGCGAUAUGUGAUGUCGCAGUUCUCCAGGGAUUUCCAUUUGUUCUACCCCAGUGUACAGCUGUAGUCUCAUGUAGUCAAAGACCUGGAAUCUCAGACAUAUACUGAGUGGGGGAAAUAACCAGGAAAAGCCAGCCUUCGUAGAAAAAUGGACAGACCCACAUUGUACAACAAUCUCGUUAAGAGAUUAUAUCAACGAGAGACACAGGACCGCUGCUGUGUAGGUUUCCAGAGGGCUCAGUACGUCACACCUGAUCUUGUAUCUAGGAUAGGAUUAGAGACAGAAUUAGAGGGCCAUGCUGGCUGUGUCAACUGUUUAGAGUGGAACCAUAAUGGAAGUAUAUUAGCCAGUGGUUCUGAUGACUGUCAAGUUAUUCUGUGGGAUCCUUUGAGACACAGAAAGUUAACAACCAUUCAAACAAGACACCAGGGAAAUAUCUUCACUGUGAAGUUUUUACCAAGUUCCAAUGAUGGCACCAUAGUGACUGGUGCUGCAGACUGUAAGAUCCGUGUCCAUGAUGUAGCCAGUAAGGAGAUCACACAUGUAUUCAGUUGCCAUGCUGGGAGAGUGAAGCGUGUGGCAGUGGCACCUAAUGUACCCUUUAUGUUCUGGAGUGCGGCUGAAGAUGGAACUAUCAUGCAGUUUGACUUAAGAGAACCAGAGAGUGCAUAUGGUCCUAGUCCACAUAAUGUCCUCAUCAACCUGAAUGCUCACAUGGGUCCUAAUGCAGAGGCCAAAUGUAUCUCGAUCAAUCCAUACCGACCUGAACUGUUGGCUGUGGGUGCUAAUGACCCCUAUGCCAGACUGUAUGACAGACGAAUGCUGUCAUGUAAAAGUAUACGGUUCCCCAAUGAAAAUACCCCUAGAUCUCCUUGGGAUCGCCAGAAUCUUAUCUACACACUUUCAUCUGAAGAAGAGUUUGACAUGCCUAGAAAAAGUGCUACAUAUUUUGUUGGAGGUCACUUACCUCAGAAAUUAAAGGAUUUCAAGAAGAGGUAUCGUACCUUGGCCUCCACGUAUGUCACAUUUGGUCCUGAUGGCACAGAGCUGCUGGUGAACCUGGGAGGAGAACAGAUCUACUUGUUUGAUAUUAAUAAACCAAGGAAGCCACAAAGGCUGGAGUUGCCCUUCCAGGAUCUCCUGGGCAGUAAUGGUGUAGUGAAAGAAGCAGCCAGUUGUUCGUCCAGCUCUCCCGCCACCACCUCUACCAAUGGCUACAGCCUCAAUGGUACAACCAAUGGAGUGAAAACCAAUGGAAUGAGCAAACACAUAGCUUCCAAGCCACAAACUGGGGAGUAUAAGAGCAUCAGGAAACACAAGUAUGAGGGUAAGCCCCUCUCGCCCUCAGUGGAUCUCAUCCGACAGAAAGCCAAUAUUGCCUUUGAGAAGCAGGAGUACACUGAGGCGGUGAGGUUAUAUAACAGAGCUCUGAUCAUAGCUCCAGAGGCAGCUGUACUGUAUGGUAACCGAGCGGCAGCAUUUAUGAAGAGGGGAUGGGAUGGUGACCUCUAUGCAGCAUUACGUGACUGCCACACUGCCAUACACCUGGAUACCAAUCAUCUGAAGGCCCACUUCAGGCUGGCCAGGUGUCUGUAUGAGCUCACCUGGACCAAGGAGGCCUUUGACUGUCUUACCUACUUCAAAAGUCGGUUCCCUGACCAUGCCAGCAGUCAUGCCUGUGAGGCUCUAGACAGAGAUAUCAAAGCUGCAAUAUUUUCUAAAACAGAGGAAGAUGGUGCCAGUGCAAGUAAUAAGCCAGAGUCCUCCCCAUCAAGGCGUAGAAGAUCUACAGAUCUUAGUGAACUGGAAAAAUAUUGGAGGGAGGAGGCUUAUGACUACACACAGAGAUUCUGUGGGCACUGUAAUACUACCACAGACAUAAAGGAAGCUAAUUAUUUUGGGUGCAAUGGCCAGUACAUUGUGGCAGGGUCUGAUGAUGGUUCUUUCUUUGUGUGGGACAAAAUAACCACAAACAUGGUACGAGUACUGAGAGGAGAUGACUCCAUUGUGAACUGCCUUCAGCCCCACCCCAGUUUUUGUAUGCUAGCCACCAGUGGAAUAGAUCCUGUUGUUAGGCUAUGGAGUCCAAGGCCAGAGGAUAGAGGCAAGGAUGACAGAGAGGUGGUAAAUUCUGAGGAAGCGGCCAGUGCCAAUCAGCGCAGAAUGAACACAGACCCACUGGAGGUGAUGUUGAUGAACAUGGGUUACAGGAUCACCAAUGUGCUGGAUGAAGAAGAAGAGGGGAGCAGGGAAGGUGCAGCUGUCCAGUGCAGGCCAAGCUGAAGCCUGUUCAAAGCUAGAUACCAGUGUGUGUGUGUUGAUAACCAUUGUGCUAGCUAUCUGGAGUGGCUGAGGCAGCUUGAAAAGAGAGGGGCAACCUUUACCACAAUUACUACCACAAAAUUCCCAGACAGAAAAUGCCCAGAACAUCAGUUGUUUGUUUGCAGAGUGAGGUCAAUACUGCACGCACCUUCACCAGUCAGGCUCUUAUUUAUGAGUCCCCUUAAUGCUGUUUUUAGAAUUGUCAGCAUGUCCAUUUCCUCUUUUUUUUUUUUUUUUUCAAAAAUUAUUUCAAAAGAUUAAUCGUGCUUUGGUUUCUUACAUUUUCUGCCUGUCUGAUAUUGAUUGCAAACCAUCUGGGAUGUUAUUCUCUUAACCUUACUUUUUUUAAUACUUUUUGCAUUUCAUUCAUUUAAAUGCAAAUUCAAAGACCCAAAAUAAAAAAAAAUUGAUUAACAGGAUUUGCAUGUAAAACCAUAGGUUUUGUUUUCUAAAGUGGAUUUCUGUUGUAUAUCAAGAAUUUUAAUUGCCAUAUGAAAUUGAAUGUCAUAUUUUUUCUCCUCAUUUGUGAUAGUGGAGUAAGCUGUGACCUGCAUAUUCUAACGUGUGCUAUGAUUAUGAUGAUAGCUUGCUUAGGCAUAUUGUAAAGUCUUAUAUUGAGAAAGGCAGAACAUUUUACCAUAUCAGCCUCAGCACAUACAAAUAUAGUGUUGUUGUAUAAUUAUAUUUAUAUACCAGAUGUGGAAUUUCAAUAUAUGGUUAUGCCUUUUAUUAUGAUUUACUGUUUACUGAUAUUAUGCAGAAAGAAACAGUGAAUUGCUUAAACCUAACACUUGCCAAAAUAAUAAUAAAAAGA